ACUGUUUGAUGAUCUUGUAUAUGUUUCUUAUGAGUUUUCUUCUAUCUUGUCUAGUUUUGGAGAAGGAAAGAAUGGAGUGCGGGGCAUAAUGUAGUUUCACUAAGAGUUGCCUAUCAUGUGCUCGACGUUUUGCUUCAAUGAACUCUAGAAUUGAACCGAUCUCUGAAUGAAAUAGAGAUUCAAAGUUUAUGACUACAGAUGCAAAGAGGAAAGCAUUUAGUUCAAAAGAGUUUCACUUGUGCGAUAUCUUUGACCAGAAUUUUUUCUUCGAGCUCCUCCAAAGCUCUAUCUCUUGACACAGCAUUCUCUCUAAGUUCCACCAUAAGAUACCACCUUAGCUCUGGACAGCCUAAACUUGCUCUCAUCCAUUUCUUACAAUGGCAAAAGAGAGGCAUUCGGCCUGACAAAUUCACGAUUCCGGUACUUAUCAAGCUCUCACUGUCUCUAGAAGAGCCUCCACUCCAUGGAGAGCAAUUUCAUUCUUUUGCUAUCAAAUUCAGCUACACUAUUGACAUCUUUGUUAGCACUAGUCUAGUGGAGAUGUACUUCAAGCAUGGAGACUUUGAGGCACCCCUUCGGUUAUUCAGUGAGAUCACCAACAAAGAUGUAACUUUGUUUACCGUGAUGAUCUCAGAGUUUUCAAGAAAUGGUUUAAGGUGUGAAGCAAUGGGUUUCUUCUUUAAGAUGUUAAAUGAGAGAAUUGAACCGAAUAAGAUAACUUUGACCACUAUAUUUUCUCUUUGUUCGCAGAUAAAGAAUCUUACUUUUGGGAAAGUCCUCCACGGGUUUGGUCUAAGAAGAGCUCUCAUUAUCAUGGAUGAUUUGAUACUUCAAACUUCAGUAGUAGACAUGUAUGCAAAAUGUGAAAACUUGUGCUAUGCAAAGAGGGUCUUUGAUAGAAUGAGAAAAAGGAAUCUAGCGUCAUGGAAUUCUAUCAUUACUGCUUAUUUUGCAAAUGGAAUGUUUCAAAAUGCUCUUGAGCUGUUCAGAGAUCUGCUGUUUGAAGGUUGGCAGCGGCCUAGAUCUUCUAUGCUCGCCCUAGUCCUAAAUAUAUGUGGAGUAACGACUGACCUCAGAAAAGGAAAGGAACUACAUGGCUAUAUACUCAAAUGCAGCAGUCGUGAAAUUAGUGAAAUGGAAAAGCUUAUAGAAUUUAAUGGUCUUAUUGACAUGUACAUAAAGACUGGCAACAUGACUUCUGCAAUUCUAAUCUUUGAGAGAAUGCAAAAGAGGAAUGUGGUGACUUGGACAAUUAUGAUUUCAGGUUAUGGCACCUAUGGAUUGAGUCAAAAAGCUCUGGAUGCAUUUGAUGAGAUGAGGAGUUUAGGUAUUAAGCCAGAUGGAGUCACCUUUAUUUCUAUUCUCUCAGCUUGCAGCCAUAGUGGACUAGUUGAUGAAGGUCGUGAAAUUUUCCUUUCGAUGAAUCGUGACUAUGACACUGUUCCAGAGAUGAAACAUUUUGUUUGCAUGGUUGACUUAUAUGGGAGAGCAGGACGUGUUAACGAAGCAUUGGAUUUUAUAAGCAGAAUGCCAAUUGAACCAUCCAAGUUUGUUUGGGGAACACUUCUUUCUUGUUGUAGAAACCACAAGAACCUCAAAUUGGGAGAGUUUGCAGCUAAAAAGGCAUUAGAAUUAGACCGAUAUGAUGUUGGUAAUUAUAUAAUGCUGUCUCGGAUUUAUGCAGAUGCCAAAAGAUGGGAUGAUGUAGCCAAGGUGAGAAUGGUGAUGAAGGAGUUGGGACUAAAGGCAAACACUGCAUACAGUUGGGUAGAGAAAAAGGGGAAAGUAUAUAAAUUCUCCGUUGGGGAUCGCUUGAAGGAGUUUUCAGUUAAGAUGUAUGAUAUUUUAAAUAAGGCUGGAUUUGAGCCGGAUACUUCAAGCAUAGGACAUAAUUUAGAGCACGAGGAGGCGAAAGUAAGUGAUUUAUGUGGUCACACUGAGAAAGUGGCUUUGGCUUUUGUAUUGAUGGGAGAUGGCGGGGAGAAAUUGAUUAGGAUCGGGAAGAAUCUUCGAGUGUGUAAAGAUUGCCAUGAAGCUUUUAAGUUUGCAUCAAAAGCUUAUGGUAGAGAGAUUAUUUUGAAGGAUCCAAAUCUGUAUCAUCAGUUCUCUCAGGGAUGUUGUUCUUGUAAUGACUUUUGGUGAACAUGGUGCUUUCUGUCUAAGGCAUGCAAUCAAGCAAGACUGGGAGAAGAUUUGCAAAUGCUCUCGAGGAAGAUGAAAACGAUAUCUGGUAGAGUUUCGAAUUGGAGGGCACAUUCGCUAGAGUUUGUGACUCGAUUGUUCGCAGGGUCAACAACUGUAACCUGAGAGAAGGAAGCAAAUCCAAGCUUGCUCAAAAAAGUGAGAAGUAGGAAAAAGAGGAGCACAAGGUAGCAGACUCUUCCUCUGCCAAAAUCAGGCAAAUGAAGGCUUGUCACGUGGCUGUAACGAACAAUGCAAGAAUUUUCGGUUUACUACUCACAAACUAUAUGGUAGCAAUAUUGUCAUUGUGUUUUACUCAUGUAUCGGUGAUCACUGAGCGGAUAUAUUCAAAUUUGUAACCAGUCUAUUAAUUUGUCGCAGCCAC